AUGGCGUCUGUGGCAGCACUCGGACAAGUCGCCUCUCGGCAAGUUGAGGGUGAAUACUCCAUUAAGCCCGAAAAUGUGCAGCCCGUGCUCGACACCUCGCAGUGGCCGCUGCUGUUAAAAAACUACGACAAGCUGCUCGUGCGGAGUAGCCAUUUCACGCCCAUCCCCUCCGGCUGCAGCCCAUUAAAACGCGACAUUGCGUCGUACAUCAAGUCCGGUGUGAUCAACCUCGACAAGCCGUCCAACCCUUCGUCGCAUGAGGUUGUCGCAUGGCUCAGACGCAUCCUUCGCUCCGAAAAGACCGGUCACAGCGGAACGCUCGACCCCAAGGUCACCGGCUGUCUUAUCGUCUGCAUCGACCGUGCGACCCGUCUCGUCAAGUCGCAGCAGGGUGCAGGAAAGGAGUAUGUUGCCGUCCUCCGCCUACACGACGCAUUGCCAAAUCCCGCCGCCAUGCCUCGCGCCCUGGAAACCCUCACGGGCGCUCUCUUUCAGCGACCCCCUCUCAUCUCGGCCGUGAAGCGCCAACUCCGCAUUCGUACCAUUCACGAGUCCAAGCUGCUUGAGUUUGAUGAGAAGCGCAAUCUGUCCGUUUUCUGGGUUUCAUGCGAGGCUGGGACGUACAUCCGUACCCUCUGCGUGCAUCUUGGUCUGCUCCUAGGUGUCGGUGGCCAUAUGCAGGAGCUUCGCCGUGUACGGAGUGGGGCGCUCUCCGAAAAUGACGACAUGGUGACCAUGCACGACGUUCUCGACGCUCAAUGGAUGUACGACAACACUCGCGAUGAGUCGUACCUUCGCCGGGUCAUCCGCCCACUGGAGUGUUUGCUCGUUGGGUACAAGCGCAUCGUCGUCAAAGACAGCGCCGUCAACGCCGUUUGCUAUGGCGCAAAGCUGAUGAUUCCUGGUCUCCUCCGCUACGAAGCAGACAUCUCCGUACACGAAGAGGUCGUCCUCAUGACCACCAAGGGUGAGGCCAUCGCACUUGGUAUCGCAUUGAUGUCCACGGUCGAGCUCGCAACGUGCGAUCAUGGCGUUGUAGCCAAAGUCAAGCGCUGCAUCAUGGAGCGUGACACCUACCCGCGCCGUUGGGGUCUUGGUCCCAAGGCGCUCGAGAAGAAGAAGAUGGUUAAGGAGGGCAAGCUUGGAAAGCAUGGCGAGAAGAUUGACGCGACGCCGGCUGAGUGGAGCCGGGACUACGUCGACUACACUCGCGAGCAACCUGAGUCCAACGGUGCCUCGGCCGCGGUUGUCGUACAGCCUCCCGCACCUUCCGUCGCUCCAGUUGCUAUCGCAGCAGUCGAAACUUCUCCUGAGAAGAAGGAGAAGAAGCGCAAGCGCAAGUCUGAGGCGGCUGAGACUGACGCAGGCGACGUCUCCAUGGCAGUAACGGAUGACGGUGCUGCCGAAGAGGAUGAUGAGGAGCGGAAGAGGAGAAAAGCGGAGAAGAAAGCUAAGAAGGCGGCUGUAAAGGGCGAGGAGGAUGAAGAGGCGAGAAGAGAGCGUAAGCGCUUGAAGAAGGAGGCCAAGGCGAAGGAGGCAGGGGCUUAG